AUGGACACCCGUAUUGCCAGCAUCAUCGGCGACACAGCWCUUUGUGGCGUUAUUCCUGAUGGAGAUACAGAUACUCUCCCAUCACAACAAGCUGUACCAUCAACCAGUCAUACUGCAGAAACUCAAGCCAGUCCCGCCUGCCCUCAGGAGCCGGAGGCGGUAGAGGAGCUGGGGGACUUCAACAUCUGGAACAAGAUGAAGGACCUGGUCUCCUACAGUCCUGUGGUUCUGGACCCAAACUCUGCUCAUCCAGGACUCGUCCUGUCUGAAGAUCUGAUCAGUUUGAGACGAGGAGAGAGACAGAAGCUUCCUCACAAUCCAGAGAGGUUUGAUUAUUACAUCUCAGUCCUGGGAUCUGAGGGUUUUAACUCAGGGACUCACAGCUGGGACGUCCUGGUUGGAGACAGUACAAACUGGGCAGUGGGUGUGUUAGCAGAGUCUGUCCAGAGGAAGGGAGACAUUCUGUCUGGAUUAUGGAGAAUACGGUUCUAUGAAGGUGAAUACUCAGCAUGGUCACCAUCAGGAUCAUCUGUUCUCUCUGUGGAGAAGAUCCAGAGGAUCAGAGUGAAACUGGACUGGAACAGAGGAGAAGUGUCGUUCUCUGAUCCUGAUACUAACAAACACAUUCACACCUUCAGAGACACUUUCACUCAGAAGAUGUUUCCAUACUUUAACACUGUAGAUCCACUGAAGCUGUUACCUGUGAAUGUGACCGUGGAUCAGAGCAGUUACAGAUAAAGAUUUGAUUUGUCAUGUUGUUGAAUUUAACUGUUCAACUCGUUUUUCUAAAGCUUCGUUUAUUUCUGCUUUUACUUCUCACUCAUUUUUAUUUCUACUGUCGACUUUUCCACGUGUGUAAAGAGAGUUCAUUAUUUUCUGAUCUUUCUCUUUGGUUUGUUUUUUUAUUUUCAUGGAAAAUGUUUGUGAUCAUUUAGAUUUUGUGUGGAUCCAUGAAGACGAGCAAACUGAUGAAGAUCCACAUCAAAACACAUUCAUCAAUAACAGCUGAUCAUUGUUCACAUUCAACAAACUUUAUUAAAACUCAGACAUGAGACAUGAUUCAUGUUGAAUGACAUAAAGUCUGUGCACAUGUGAAAUAAUCCAACAUAUAUGAACAUCUGAUUUCAAAUGUAAGUCUAACAUUAUCUGUCAUUAAAUAGGAUUCAACACUUUUA